GGCGUGCUCCGUCCCGGCUUUGUAGGGAUGCGAGGUCAAUGGUCUAACGACUACGGCAUGCACGACUAUGAGUACCCCCCCACCCCUCCUCCUCCACGGAGGUGUAGUGAUCCAUGCGCCGAAUGCCUCACGGGGAAGGAAGGGUGCAUUGGCCUGUGAACAUUGUUUGGGGAGGAGGCAAACCUACCUCUAACAGUUCUGCUAUUGCGCUCGCUCUGCCGUUUCUCGCCCCCUUCUCCCUCGUCUUGCCCGUGUAUUUUUUUUUUGUUCUCGGACGGCUGUUUUUUUUUUUAUCACAGCUGGGUGCCGUAGACGCCACCCAGGCCACAAACCUUGCCCAGAAGUACGGCGUCCAGGGUUACCCCACCAUCAAGGCGUUCCCCGCCGGGCCGAAGAAGAAGGCCCAGGACUACAACGGGCCCAGGGAGGCUGCGGGGAUCGUCGACUACGCGACAGGGAUGCUGGAACGGUCCGGGUGGGUCCCGAAGACGCCGCAGCUGACGGAGAAGGGCGUGAUCGACGAAAAGUGCGGCGGGACCAAGAUUUGCGUCAUCGCCGCCCUGCCGCACAUCCUCGACUCGGGCAAGGCUGGAAGGGAAGGGUACAUCGAGACUGUAAGGGGGGCGGCCAAGAAGUCAAGGAACCCGUACCUCAGCCUUAUGUGGACCGAGGGCGGUGCCCAGCCCGCGCUGGAGGAGGCGACGGGGCUCACCUUCGGCUACCCGGCCGUCAUCGCCAUCAGCGUCGAGAAAAAGGCGUUUGCGGUGCACGUGGGAUCGUUCAGCGUAGACGGCAUGUCCGAGUUCCUCGGCGGCCUCACCACCGGCUCCACGCGCACCAAGCCGCUGGCGGAGUUACCAAAGAUCUUGACUGUUGAGCCUUGGGACGAGAAGGACGCCACGGCAGUGGAGGAAGAGUUUAGCCUCGAGGAUUUGUUUGGGGAUGACGGCGACUCUCCGGUCAAGCAAGAGCUGUAGUUGCUUCCAUGCGUGCUUGGCGCUUGACGUCCGAGCAAGCAAGCGUUGCAGGAGCAGGAGCAGGAGCAGGAUCUACUCGCUUAUUAUUAUUUUUUUCGUUUUGAGUUGGUGUGACCUGUAGUUCUGUGUGUGCUGUGGUUUGUUUCUGGUGAGGAGCUACCGAUGGCGUAGGUUUGACAAUUGUCUUGUGUACUUUGACGUGUUGUUGGCGGCGUGCUGUGUGUCUGGUCUGAUGUAAAGAAAGACCUGCCGAAGAAUUAUAGGCUUGUCUUUAGGGCUCGACAAACUGUAGGUCUCUUGCAUGCCCUGCUGU